GCCCCCAGUAUCCGGACCCCCCUACUGAGCCCAUUCCCAACACCCAGACCCACCCUGCUGAGCCUGAACCACCUUUACCUGGACCCCACAACUAGUCCCUGUGCAUUGGGGUUGCCAGUUUUGGUUGGUUGUAUUCCAGGAAGUUUCAACACAUGACAUAAUCUUUAAUUAAAGAUUAAUCUUUAAUUCCUGCAGACUCCGGGAUAAUCCUGGAGGGUUGGCACUUCUACUGUGAAUCCAGAUUUCCCCCCCACUAAGCCACCCACACCCAGAGUGCCCCACACAGAAUCCUCUCCCCCCACACUAAGCCCCUCCACACUUGGCUCCUGCAUAGGCUGAGCUUGCCUGCCCCACAGCUGGAUGUGUGUGAGAGACUUUCCCUCUCACUUGCUAUCUUGGUGAAUCUGGAGCAGGGGGACAGGGCCCGGAGUGCUUCUGGGGUAGGCCCGGCUCUUGCACUGUGUCAGGUUCAGGUGCAGCCUCACCACCAAGUCCGUGUCCUGGGGCGCGGGCUGCAGGGUGGCCUCCCACCUUCAUGCAGCUGGUGGCCUGUCCUCCCCACUGCCAUGCUGGUGUCUCCACAUUUAUUUAUUUAUGAAUAAAAUAUGCAGAAUUUUUAUAUUUUUGGCACAGAAUUCCUGAAAAAAGCAAAAAAAGAGCACAAACCCAGUGUUUUCCUUUGCAGAACUUCUUUAAAUAGCUUAAUCUGGUACAGAAGACCGAAUAGCUACCUCAGUGGAUUGAUUCUGCAGAAUGAGUCCCUAAAUAUUGCUAGGAAUUUUCUUUGUAUAUCUGAAAUCAGAAGGGAAGCCUCAAAAGCAGAUCUGCCAAGUUGUUCUGGAUCACUUUGAGAAGCAAUACAUGAAGGAGCUGGGAGAGGCAUGGAGCACAGUCAGGGAGGUGCUCACAUCACCAUUGUGCUGGCAAUAUGCUGUUCUGCUUAAUAAAUUCAGCUUUUCCUCUGAACUGAAGAACAACUUGCGUUUGAAGGGGUAUCAUAGUCUCUUUCAGGAAACCUUACCCUAUCUCCCAGGAUCAUUAAAAUGUUACAUCAGUAGAACUCCUGGAAGAUUCCCUGCACAAAAACACCAGAUUGGUAAACUCAAGGAAUAUUAUCUGCUGAAUGCUGCUUCACUUCUGCCGGUGCUGGCAUUGGAAAUAAAGGAUGGGGAAAGGAUUUUGGAUAUGUGUGCUGCUCCAGGCGGUAAAUCAAUAGCUAUGCUGCAGUGUGCCUGGCCAGGUCAUCUUCACUGUAAUGAGUAUGAUAGUCUGAGAUCAAGGUGGCUGAAGCAGACACUAGAAUCCUUCAUCCCAGAGCCCCUGAUGAAUUUAAUUACUCUCUCUGAACUGGAUGGGAGGCAGAUGGGAGAUCUCCAUCCUGAAUUGUACAACAAGGUACUGCUGGAUGCUCCGUGUUCAAAUGACAGAAGUUGGUUAUUCUCUUCUGAUAUUCAGCAGGCUACGCUUAGACUCAUCCAAAGGAAGGAGUUGUCUGCUCUACAGGUUCAGCUAUUAAGGUCUGCCAUUAAAGCCUUGUGUCCUGGAGGAUCUGUGGUCUAUUCUACGUGCACUCUCUCGAAGGCAGAAAACAGUGACGUAAUCAGUCAUAUCCUAAACUCCUGCAGUAAUGUUCUGCCUGUAGAUAUAAGUGAACUGGCCAAUGUCGUUUCCGAUGAGUUCACUCUGGUUGCUGGUGUCCAGCCACAUGAACUUUUAGUACUUCCAGCAAGGGGGAAAGCAUGGGGGCCUAUGUAUGUAGCUAAAUUAAAGAAAACAUAGUCUAGGUGGCAUUUGUAAGUCAUAUUGACAAAUUCUUAUUUAUUUUUAAUACACUGUACUCAUGCAUCUGUGCCAAAUAUUUGUCCAAGUAGCCUGGAUUUAGAGUUGUGAACUGGUAUAUCAGAUGCUGUUAAAUGAUCAUUAAAUUUGAGGUUUAAUUUGUGAC